AUGGAACUGGCUGACAUGAUUGAAGCACGCAGCAAGGAUGGCAAGGACUAUGGAGUGAUCCUGCUUCCAGAAGGCCUUAUUGAGUUUAUUCCUGAGUUUAACUCACUGAUUUCAGAAAUCAACGACAAGCUGGCACAGCCUGAGAUUCAACCCACAGAGGAGGCCAUUCUUAGUGUCCUAUCCAAAGACAACGCAGAGUGCUUCAGGUAUUUGCCUGGCUUCAUCCGCGCACAGCUUCUCCUUGACCGGGACCCUCAUGGAAAUGUGCAGGUAGCCAAGAUUGAGACAGAGAAGCUACUGGCUGCCACAGUUCAGAAUGAGCUGCAGAACCGCAGAGCAAAUGGGUACAAGGGCAAUUUCUCGCCUCAAUUCCACGCCUUUGGCUAUGAAGGUCGAGCGGGCCUGCCCACGGUCUUCGAUUCAGCAUAUUGCUACGCAUUGGGAUACACAGCAUCCUCAUUACUGGUCAAUGGCUGUACUGGCCUGAUUGCUAGCGUCAAGAACUUGCUGGCCCCUUGCAAGGAUUGGCAGUGUGGCGGCGUUCCAGUGACUUCCUUGUGUGUCAUCGAACGGCGCAAGGGCAAGGACAAACCAGUGAUCCGAAAAGCCCUGGUGGAGCUCACUGGCAGCUUGUCUCAGCCAUUUGAGUUCUACAAGAAGAUUCGGAGCAGUCUUCGAAUCACCGACAUGUACCGCAACCCUGGACCAACCCAAUUUGACAUGGUCGACUGCGAGGCUUCCAAGGACAUCCCCAUGACCCUGCAGCUGGAGCUAGGAAGGACUUGGCAACUGGAAAUUCCGUCUGAAAAACCGAAGAGGAUGGGAAACUUCCUCUUCCAGCCACAAGCGAAGAAGAUGCGAUCCGAGCUGCAGCAGUGGAGACUGGGCCGAAGGCAUCGCCUGCCAGCUGCGAUCAAUGCCUUUAAUGGCAACGCAGUAACUGUGGUAAAGGGAGAGGAGACAUGCGUCACUGAUCAUACAGAGGUAGUUUCCAGGCACUUCUCAGAGGUGCAUGCUCCUCUCUUGGACAUCAUGCCCACCGAGGAACGCAAUGAGCCAAUUUGUGACAAGAAGAUUGGUGUGGUUUUCUGUGGUCGCCAGGCUCCAGGCUGUCAUGACUUCAUUUGUGGAUUGGUGGACAUGAUGCCUCCGAAUUUCGGAAACAAGAUCUUUGGCUUUGUUGGUGGCACCCAUGGCUUUUACGACAAGCAGGCUGUUGAGCUUACUCCUGAGCUGUGCGAAGCGUUUCGUGGCACAGGUGGCUUGGACAUGCUGGGAAGAACUGUUGACAGAAUCAACACCAAGGAGGAGUCUGAAAAAGCAAAAAUUACUUGCCAGGAGCUUGACUUAGAUGGUUUGGUGCUUGUUGGUGGUGCCAGGACAAAUACAGAUGCAGCUUACUUGGCAGAACACUUCAAGCAAAGCAAGGUGAAGACAGCAGUUGUUGGCGUGCCGUGUGGAAUUGAAGGGAGCAUGAUCAAUGAGUUUGUUGAAGCGUCCUUGGGGUUCGAUUCAAAUGCCAAAGCCAUGGCACAACUAGUGGGCAACACUGCAAUUGAUGGUUCAAGCGCUAGGAAAUACUACUACUUCCUGAAGCUCAUGGAUGGCUCAACAACGGGAGGCAAGGUUCCUACGUCCCACGUCGCUUUGGAAGUCGCACUGGAAACCAAGCCCAAUUUGCUGCUGCUCACAGAGGAGGUGGAUGACCACCGCAACAACCUGCGCGAAAUUGUAUCUGGCAUUGCAGAUGUGAUUUCAGCUCGGGCAGACGACGGCAAGAAUUUUGGCACUGUGGUGGUUGCAGAGGGUCUUUUGGCCGCCAUUCCUGAGUUCCGCACUUUGAUUGCAGAGCUGGAGGGGGUGCCAAUGCCCAGUACAGUGGACAAGGUCUUGCCAGAGUUGACAACAUGGUCUGCAGCAUUAUUCCGAAGCCUUCCGGAGUUCAUCCAAAAGCAACUCUUGCUUGAGAGGCAAAGCAAUGCUGCAUUGCAGCUCUCCCAGUUGGAGACAGAGCGCCUCAUGGCAUGGCUGGUGGAAGAUGAGCUGAAACAACGCAAAAAGAAGGGAACCUUCAAAGGAAGUUUUUCUCCUGUUUGCCAGUUCCUCGGAUACCAGGCACGUUGCUCGAUGCCCUCGGACUUUGAUAGCGACUAUGCGUACGCAUUGGGUGGAACUGCGGCUGUAUUGGCCGCUCGUUCUCACAAUGGCUACAUGGCGGUGAUUUCAGAUUUGGCAAAGCCUGUGGAGCGCUGGCAUCCAGGAGGGGUUCCUUUCACAGCGAUGCUCCAGGUGCCACCGCAGCUUCCCAAAGAGUCCUUCCGGCCUCGUCCUGGUAUUUUCCCACGCAAGGUCGACCUGGAAGCUGCCGCAUUCAAGUCAUGGAAAGAGGUGCGUGAGGCUUGUGCUGCGGAGGAGCUCUAUGAGAGCCCAGGUCCAAUUCAACUGUCUGGGUCAAGCGCCAGUCGGGUGACAAAGACCAUUGCCACACGCUUCUCCUACCUGCGAGAGUUGAGGGGGCUGCAGAGGCAUCUUGAGACACUGAGUGUGCGAUGCCGACCGGGAUGCGACCUUCGGCAGGUGAAGAUUGCAUGCCAAUCCCUCGCCACAUUGAACACCAUCCUGGACGAGCUCUCUGAGCAUCCUGCGGCCAGCCCAUUCCUUGAGCGGGCCAUGAAGUGA